GGGCGACUGGCGGUGACGUCACGGUGUCUGCCCCAGCCCAUUCAAUAGUCAACAUCUCGUCCGUCAAACACAUAACACCACUCAGAGUACAAAACGAGAGAUUACGUCUCUCGUUUUCCAUAGAAGACAAGACAAUGCCCUUAUUUGAAGGGUUGGGAAGUGGCGGAGAAAAAACUGCGGUCGUCAUUGAUUUAGGAGCCGCAUACACAAAAUGUGGCUUUGCGGGAGAAACGGGGCCAAGGUUUAUCAUUCCGAGCGAGAUCCGGAGAGCAGGCCAGAAACAGGCCGUCAAAGUGGUCCAGUACAACAUCAACACAGAAGAGCUUUAUGUAAACCUCAAAGAGUUUAUCCAUACACUAUACUUCCGACACCUGCUGGUGAACCCUCGCGACAGAAGGGUGGUCAUCAUCGAGUCUGUCCUCUGUCCGUCUAACUUCAGAGAGACCCUAACCAGGGUCUUCUUCAAUCAGUUUGAGGUGCCCUCAGUGCUUUUCGCCCCGAGUCACCUGAUGGCCAUCAUGACGUUGGGGCUCAGCUCAGCUCUGGUUAUGGAUUGUGGCUACACAGAGACUCUGGUGCUGCCCGUGUACGAGUGUACCCUCAUUCUGCCAGCAUGGGAGGCCAUGCCAUUGGGAGGACAGGCCAUUCACAAAGAGUUGGACAGCCUCCUAGUGGAUCAGUGCACCGUGGACACAGACUCGGGCGCUGGGCAGGGCUUACCUGCUGUCCUCGGUGCGAUCCAAGAAGAUAUCGUCGAGGACAUUAAAGUGAGGACGUGCUUUGUCAGCGACCUGCAGAGAGGCUUCAAGAUCCAGGAUGCCAAGUUCAACCUGGAAGGCACGGCGGACCGCCCCGCCCCUCCGCCUGAUGUGGACUACCCAUUGGAUGGAGAGAAGAUUCUGCAUAUCAAGGGGGCUAUCAGGGACUCUGUGAUGGAGAUGCUGUUUGAGCAGGACAACGAGGAGAAGAGCAUUGCUUCUCUCAUUCUGGAUACUCUGGUCAAGUGCCCCAUCGACACCAGGAAGGUGCUGUCGGAGAACCUGGUGGUGAUCGGAGGCACCGCCAUGCUGCCCGGCUUCCAGCACCGGCUGCUGGCCGAGAUACGCCACCUGGUGGAGAAGCCCAAGUACAGCGACCUGCUGGCCACCAAGAGCUUCCGGCUGCACGCCCCGCCCGCCAAGCCCAACUGCACCGCCUGGCUCGGGGGCGCCAUCUUCGGCUCUCUGCAGGACAUCCUGGGCAGCCGCUCGGUGUCCCGGGACCACUACAGCCAGACGGGCCGCAUCCCCGACUGGUGCUGCCUCAGCACCCCCCCGCCCGAGUCGGUCUACGAUGCCCGCAAGACCCCGCCCCCGCUCAUGAAGAGGGCCUUCUCCACCGAGAAGUAGACCCGGCCCCCCCGGACCCCCAGCCGCCCGCUCCGUCGACCCCUGACCCCCCCGACUGGGCCAAUCAGGACGUCUUAACCACAGUCACAUGUUCGAGUGGCUGCCAGGUUGAUACACAAACUUGAUGGAGGGGGGUUUUGUUUACCAGUUCAGUGCACAAAAGCGUGUAAAAUGAAUACUUUUAAAAUGGAAAACCAUUCCCAUUGCGAUGAAGCCGCGCAGUUGCAUUGACUUUGAAUUUAGUCAGCGAACACAACUCUUUUUAUUGUUGUCUUGCUUGUUUAAUUACACUAAAAUCAAAUUAGGACAGUCGAAGAUUAGGACAGUUGACAUAAUCCGUUUAAAAGCUAAUCUGAACUGAAAGUGUUAUGGUUAAGCUCUUCUGCAUUUAUUGAAACCAACAAAUGUAAUUUCCCAGUUUUGUUUAUUUAUUGCUUUUCUGUUCCUGUUUGUAUAUAGUUUGCCCGCAUUAUGAAGUAAUCCCACAGCAACUGCCAUCUUUCUGGCCUCACAACUGAAAUAUUGUAAAAACAAAUAUACAGUACUCAAAUACUGUU